GAAGAUGAGUUGACGGGCUCAAUCGCUGCAUGCAAGGUAGAAUCUGAUGUUCUGGGCACUGAUGAGCUGGAGAAACAUGAGGAGUACUUCACGAACUUGGCCGUCAAUCUUCUAUCUGAUUACAAGAAAGAAUUGGAACCUUCUAUUGGCCGCAUUGGUACAUAUGUUGAGAACCUGAAGAAAUUGAGUCCAGGGUCAGAGGUAGCAGCCAGUGCAGAUAAUCAGGAUUCUCAAGUAAUUAGCCCGAGGCGACAUCUUGAGGAAGAAUAUAUGGACUAUGAAGCGAAGCUUGUGUUCUGUACACAUGACGGGCUAUCUCUUGACAGGAAACACGAUGAAAGAGUGAAAGAGCUAUUUGAUGAGAUCGAAAAGCUGAGACAGGAAUUCGAUGCCAUUGACAGACCAAUUCUUGAGGUGGAGGUUCUGAGCUCAAAGAAAGAAGCAACAUCUGAGGAGAAGUCCUCAGAAGUUGCUUCCACUCAUACAGUAGAGCCUCUCAAGGCAGAGCCUAGUUCCUCAAAGCCACCUGCCGAGCUUCCCAAGAAACCAGCCACAAGUUUUGAUCAAUGUUUUCAAAUAUAA